UGUUGAACUCGUGAAGAUUGAUGCGCCAUGCAAGUUUGAGAGAAUGUGGACGGGCCUACGUGGCCAAAUGAUAGCAAAAAGUCGGUUAUAUUAUUCUUUAGAAUGGAAGAAGCGACAGUACUAAUUCUUUUAUCUUUUGUUAUGUUUAUAGGAAGUUAUAUUUCAGGAAAUAUACCAAUUGUUCUUCACAUUUCAGAGGAGAAGUUGCAAUAUGUGUCUGCCAUGGGAGCUGGUCUCCUGGUGGGGACGGCUCUGGCUGUGAUCAUUCCAGAGGGCAUUCACGCACUGCAGGCUGACCAGGCCAAUCGCAAGUCUUCGGUGUUGGCGGGAACGGCUCAGGUGCAGCCGGGCAGCUCUGCGGACAUCCACGCCCUCGUGGGAGUGUCGCUGGUGCUGGGGUUCGUCUUCAUGGUGCUGGUGGACCAGUGCUCGUCUUCAGUCGGCAGAGAUGUUGAAAAUGGAUCUACCAAGUCUUCCAGUAGGAAUUUCACUGCCACCUUAGGCCUGGUUGUCCAUGCCGCAGCUGACGGCGUGGCCCUGGGUGCUGCAGCUACUACUGCACACGCAGAUGUCGAGAUGAUAGUCUUUGUAGCCAUCAUGUUGCACAAGGCACCUGCAGCUUUUGGGUUGGUGACUUUCUUGCUGAAAGAAGGAUUACUGAAGUCAACAGUGAAGAAGCAUUUGUUAAUUUUCUCAGCAUCUGCACCUCUUCUUGCCCUCCUUACGUUCUUCUGUCUUGGUCAAGAAAGCAAAGAAAAACUCUCGUCUGUGAAUGCAACUGGCAUUGCAAUGUUAUUCAGUGCAGGGACUUUCUUAUAUGUGGCAACAGUUCAUGUGUUAUCGGAGAUAACAUCGAGCCAUUCUCACUCGGCAAGCCGGCCUGGGACGAAUGCAGAAAGUGUUGACAGGAAGAGAUCACUAACUCCGUGUGAACUUCUGUGCCUCGUGUGUGGUACACUUCUUCCACUUCUUCUUGCAGUGGGGCACCACCACUGACAAGAGUUGCAAAAGACAUGAGUGAAUACUUGAAAGCAUGAGUGUGUUGAAUGUCUGUAGAUCAAGUUGCAGCUCAGACAUGAUCUUAGUUACUAUCACUGUCAUUUAACAAGUCAAAAUAACAUGUUUGACAGAACAGCAAUACCACUUUUCAGCAUACAUUGUACAUUUUGAAUUUUUGACUAUUCCAAAAGUCUUAGCCACAUGUCAUUGUUGUUGACUUCAUGUCAGUAUUGUAAUAGUGAUUAAAUAAUAUAUAUAUUUAAUUUUAUAUUGGAUGUUGAAGUGUAAGUCUAUAUUAGAUAUAUAGCUUUUAGUGAGCUAAAUUUUUUUUUUCAUGCCAACAUGAAUUGUGGGUCACACAAAUAUGAUAUUAAAUUAAGUCCCACAUUUUUUUUUUUUUUUUGUAAAAUGUGUGCUGAAAAAGCAUGUCUCGUGGAUUUUCAAAACUUGACAAUGCCACAUGGCAAUGCUGUAUACCACAUGUUUUGUCAACCUCCAAGAUUAACCUGCUGCUUGGUUUCAGAGUGAGGAUGCAAGAAUUGAGGGAAUGAGAUAUAGUGCUGUCACAAUUAUUUUUUGUGUGUGUAAGGGUUGUAUUGCAAUAAUUUUAUUUAAAGUGUAAAAUUUUGCUGCGUAUAUUUCUUCAGCAACUAUCCUGUUAAUUUAAUUUAUAAUAUUUUUUACAUAACAUUGAUUUCAGUCAUUCAUGGCCAAGAUGUUAAUGGCUUAUUGCAGUAAACACAAAACAGUUACAGUCUGUUACCCUUUUACAUUUAUAACUUUUUUAUUUCACGCAUCACAGUAAACAUGCUAUCAUUCACAGCUUACCUGUAAAUAAAAUAUUUACAGCCUGUGGUGUUAAAAUUAAUUGCUAUUUUAUAGUGUUUCCCCAAAUUAUUAGUAACAGGAACAGAAUCAGUACUUCGAGGUGGGGGCAUGAUCCAUGCAAACUAAGUCAGUCCAGACUUCAGUCAGGUAAAGAAUGGGGCCAUAGUGGUUGAAUGGUCAACUCUCUCCUCCGCCAGGCUGAUGUGGGUCGAACCUGAAUUUUUUGCAGUUGGGAAACAUGACCAAGUUAUGCACGUGCUGGUGGGUUUUCUCUGGGUACUGAAGUUAUGGUUUCCAAUUCAUUCUGCCAUAACUUAGAGCCAAGAUUUUAUGGUUUUACAUUUUGAAAAGAAUGAAAUUUUGUUAUUGCUUUACUUUUUACUAAUGUUGUGCAUUUUACUUAUAUCAAGUAGAAUAAAUGUUUUAAAAAAUUGGUAUCAAAACAAGACCUCAAGGUUUUUGGAACUACCAAAAUUGUAUAACUUUUUAAUCUGUAAUCUGGUGGAGAAAAAAAUUGUAUGUUUUAAUUUCAUUGUGGUGCAGGCAGAGAUUCAAAUUUGAAUCUUACUUUUUUCUCAAAAAUUAGUUUAAUACUAUUAAUAUGAAUAAAUCAAUAAAUGCAUUUUGUGUUUUGCAAUGCAUUUCAAUGUUAUUUUGGCCGUGUAGCUUUUCACCAUAUAAUCGUGCUCCAUUGUCGUCUCAUUAUCACAGAUGCAGCUUUAAGCCCACCCCUAAGAUCUCUGGGGCAAUGACCUUUAAAAUCAGGUUGGCAGAAAGUCCGAACAGGGGGUGUGAGCUAGUUUUCAUUCAAUGACAUGAAUAUUCAUGAAAUAUGCGCCAAUUUUAUGCGUGUUCUGUGUGUUGUACUACAAGGACCGAAGACUGAACAACAUUUAUGUUCUUUUCUCCACUCUUUCAUUGUUAAAUCAUCUAAACAAUGUUAGGGAGCCCUUAGAAAAAAAUAAUUGCAGGGUUGCUACUCCACAUAACAAAAAGAAUCCUUUGUUUCCUCAUUAAGAUUUUACACACACACUGACUAUUUAUUGUAAAACUACGUGGGAAGAUCACAUUUAGACAUGUGGUUUACGAAUAACACUCAUAAUUUAUUUACUCUUGAUCCAUUUAUUGUAAAUUAACAGCCUGAUUAAAUCACAUUCAUUUUUGUGGAGUUUGUGAUCUUGUACCACAAUUAUGAAUAAAGAAUACGAAGAUUGAAUAGCAUUGAGUGUCGACUCUGUACUAGUAGGUACUUUAUUUUCUAUGGUCCGAACUAUUUAAAUUUAAGAUAUCUCCAAGCCAAACUGCUGCAGGAUUAAAUGAAAAAUUUAAAUGAUUUAAAAAUUGUUCAUACUUAUAAGUACGUGUGUAAAUGGGAAACUAUGAAAAGCUCUUAAUUCAAGCAUUGGGAAUAACUGUACCACAGUAAUUAGCACAUACAUUAAUUUGUAAGGUCCAUUAUACUAACAUAGCCUUAUCUCAAAUGGUAAUUAAUUGGCUUGAUUGUAACCAUCACCAUGAAUAGAUUACAUAAUGUUCUGUGUUGUUAUAGGUUUUUAGUUAUUACUUUUUAGAAAUUCAGCUUUUGUGGUUUUACUAAACUUUCGUUGCAUUUAAAAAGUUUUUUAUAAGAUAUUCAUAUUUGUAUUUUUGAUAUCCUAAGAGGAGAGUCUUACCCAGAGGCAUGAGUCAUAUAAUGAUUCUUGUAGGACUGAAAGAAUUUUUGUGUAUAGACGUGCAAGGUGUGCUUUCAAGUUUACAUGGAACUACGUUAUUAUUUUGCUGGGAAAUUGUAUUGGGUUCACGUUGUAUUUAUGUAUUAUCUUAUCACUUCAUGUAAAGGUUUUAUUUAGUUAGUUGUAUGUUAUUUUAAAUGUUUGUUCCAAUUAUUGCAUAUUUCAAAUACAACAAUUAGUUUCAUGUCAGUAUGGUUAUGAAUGACUAAUGAAAUUUUUAUUUAUAAGGGGUUUUUUUUCCUUCAGAGAAUUUUUUUAUCUUCAUAAGUUCCUAUUAAUGUAAUUUUUUUUUGUGAAACAAGUGCUGUGUAUGUCUGUGUAUGUAGAAGUUUUGAAGUUAAUACCAAUGAAUUAAAGUAUUCUUUUUAUAUAAAAAAUUAAUUAGGCUAAGUUAUCUUUAUAAAAAAUAUUCUAGUGUGAGUUGUAUCUCAAGAGAAAGCACAAAAGAAUGAAAAAUGGUUUGAGUAUAUGUAUUGAUAGUACACAUAAUAAAACAUGUUAUAUAAGAUAAUUGGUUGAAAAGUUCCAAAAUAUAGCAAUUCACCUGCUGAGAAACCAAAAUUUCUAAGUUAUCGUACAUUUUGAAUUGUGGAUGUAUGUUUCAUCUUUUUUUUUUCUGUUCGAAAUCACUCUUUUAGGGCAAAAAUGUUAAUAUCUGUACACCCUAACAGUUAUUCAGAUAUGUAGAACUCCAUAACUUUUCAGUAAUAUGGGUAACCUUGACUUUAAACUAAAAUUUCAUCUGGUUGAAGGCCUGAAGCACAAUUAAUGAUAAGUCUUUGGGCUUGUGGUUGGUAUACACAAGUGUAAAACAUGAAUUACUACAUAUUGUUCUUAGUAAGCACCUACAACUAUUUGUGUGCCAUCCUUUAUGUUCAUUUUAAAAUUGCCCUUUCAAUAGUAGUAAGUAGCAGAACUCCAUAUUUUUCUAUGAUAAACUUCAAUUAUAUAUAUAUAUAUAUAUAUAUAUAACAAUAAAAGUGGCAUUAAAAUAUAAUAUAUAUAUAUAUAUAUAUAUUUUAUUUUAAUGCCACUUUUAUUGUUGAUCCAGUUGAUAGGCUUGUGGCAGUUUGUAUAUACACUUCAAAAUAACACGUUGUUACAGUCGGCAGCUCGUGGGCAGCUCGGAAAGAGGUGGUGUGUCUUGAGAGCCAGCUAGCCGGGCCGCGUGGCUUCCCAGUCCCCAGCCUUCGUCGUCGUUUGUUUGCAGCACCGUGAGACCUGCCUCUCUCCACUGUAAGCCACAAUGCUUCCUUGCAGUGUUACUUUUUAGGACUUCCCUGAGAAGUUGUUGUAUUAACCCCAUACAGCAAACACACAAAGAGCUCCAGAACAUAGUGGUGAUAGUCAAGAAUUUUGUUGGUUUCAGUAUGCAAUAUCAAAUAAUUAUUUAAAUGUUUUAGAGCUUACUCAAAGCUGCUGAACUUUGAACUUGACCACUGUGUUCCAGAGUUCCUCAUAUAAGCAUAUCCAGAUGGCUUGUGUUACACACCUUACUUUAGUCCUCUUUGUUCUGUACGUUCACAAUGCAAGCACACAAUAACACUGUUCCACUAAAUUACUAUGCUGGGCUUGCCAUAGGCAGGGUGACGUGCUAAAGUGGGGAGAAGAAAAUUUACUGUUGCAAGGCCUCUUUGGUUCUAGUUCAAAACCACCUGCCUUGCUCCAGUCCGCGAAAACAUUAAGGGGUUGUCUUAAGGCUCACUCGUAAGGCAAGUUAAUGAUUUCAUUUUUGUGCUAUCACAAUUGAAAAUACCUCCCUUUCAUUUGUUCUGCCACAAAAAAUUUUGCAAAAUAUAUUUACUGAGUGUAAUAUAAUGGGUGUAAAAAUUUGUGCAACUGUUCGUAAUACCAUCACUUGUGCUAAUUUUUACGUCUUCAUUUACACCAAGUGAAUAUCCAUUGGAAAUAUUUAAGUUGAAACUCUCUACUACAAGAGCUGACAAUGGCUGGAGAGAUACCUUGUAACUGAGUAAGACUUCCAAAUCUUCCAAAAAUGUAGUGGUGCACCGAUGCGGAUACCGAUGAAUCGUAAUCGGCGAUUAUUGGUACUUACCGAUUAAUCGUAAUCGGCGAUUAUCUUUACGAUUACUUUGCCGAUUAUCUAUGUCCCGGCGUAAUUAAGUAGGUUUUUACCGUGUAAUAUUUUGUUACACAUUUUAGGAUAAAAUACGGUAAUAUUUCUUUAUAUUACAAAAUUCAUCUAACUCCGUCAUAUGAUUACAGAUAUUUCAUUAAGUUUAGUAAAUCUCAUUGCCUCGAACAAUAAAAAAUACAUUUUUCCUACAUGUUUAUGUACGUUUCGUCUUUUGUUCUGAUUUUUGUUUAGUGGCCUUGUAUAUUACCUAUAGCCAGAGACGUAAGAUAUAUGGCACGCAAUCCAAAUACCACAAGCAGUUGCAGUGGAUUCUAUGACAAUCGAUCUUUUCGAGUCGUAGUAGCUGUUCGAAAUCGUGGUCCCGAUACCGUCUAGAGUUUAUCACUGCGUUUACAAACUCGUUAUGGGCAUCUUUGGUAACAUUAUCCGUUGUUGUGUUAUUUAUAUGUGACGUGAAAAGUGAAAACGUAUUUAUAAUUUGAUAUAUUCAGUCAACAUAAAUAAAAUCACAUGUGCUAGAAUUGGUUUUGUGUCUUUUUUUUUUUUAUAAUUAUAGUGAGAUGGCGAGUACGGAAAAAAAAAUUGCGUGGAAACAUUUUUCUAUAAACUCAAGUGAACAAAAUAAAGCAACAUGUUUACAUUGUUAAACGGUAGGGGUGUGCGAAGCUUCGAGUAUUCGAAGUCGAAUCGAAGAUAUUUUUUUCCUUCGACUUUGGCUUCGACAAAAAUAAACUUCGAGUGGAAAAGUCGAAGAUUUUUACCAGAAACGUUUGGCCCACUAUUUGGAUCAAUAUAUAUAUACUGCCAAAAUAUAUUUGCGGCGGGUAAUUUUCCGUUUAUGUAUACAGCAAAUUCUCUCUAGUACGUCUCUCUUGUUAACGUACAACCCAGUAUAACGUAGAAAGCCGCCGGUCCCUUGAAAUGCCAUGCAAAUUAAUAGGCAUAAUAAAUAUAUAACAAACGUUUUUCAAAGUCCUGGACGGUAAUUUCUCGUUAAUACGUAUCGUUGUGCCGAUAUUAAUACACAAAAUAUCAAACAUUUUCUCAUUUCAUUCACAAUUCUAUAGCUUUGUUUAACGACAGGUCUUGUGGAAAUUGUUUACAUACGUUUCUUUAUUUCGUUAAGUAAAAUGGCAGUUGCAGUGCUGGUAACCAUGCGGAUAGAAAUUUCAUUCGUAUAAAAAAAGUCCUCUUUUUUUGUGUGAUCGGUGUAGCAACAUAACAUUUAUGCGGAAUAAUCAAGAGUUAUAAAUAAAAAACGCUUAACUUUUUCUAUUAAUAAAAAACGAUUCGAUUAUAAUAUUUAUCCUACAAAAUGCGUAUUUUCGCGUUUGAAUUUGUAGCAAUGGAUAUUGGCCGAUGGCGGCCAUAUCUGGCUAGGUACAUAAAACGUGGAUUAUACGAUGGCCAACGACUACUGAUCCGUUUUUUGCUACCGUUUGUUUUGUUACGAUGACCUAACCUAUAAUUAGUUUGUAAACAUCAUUUCUGAUUGACAUUUUUCGCAAUCGUACACAAAUGUAAUACGUAUACAACAUUUAUUUAACAGAUCUAGUGGCACACAGUUUCCGACGCUAGUGAACAUUUUGUGACGUUUCGUGAAGCUUGUUUAAUGGUGACGUGACGGCGUGGAUAACUAGUUUAUAUUUUUUAUAUUUAGUGUAUUACGGCACCAUAUGUAGGUAGGCCUAACCGUAUAAGUUAUGAGUACCCAAAAGCGUGUGGGUAUCAGCCAUGCAAAAAAAACUAGAUUCUUACAGCUGUUGAAAACUGCAAGAAAAAGUGUGAUGUUGCAAAACGCUUUAAUAUUGCACCUACAACUCUGUCAACAAUAAUAAAAGACAGAGCAAAAAUUGAAGAAAAUGCUGCAAAGCUGCACCAGAAGAGGUAAAGAUAUAGCAAAUGUAUCGAUAGUGACCUUGACAAAAAUCUUUUUAUUGGAUUGUGCAAGCACGCUCUAAUAACAUACCAAUCUCGGGCACAGCACUACAAGAAAAAGCACGAAUGGAGGCACUAAGGCUUGGACUUGACCAUUUUCAAGCCUCAAAUGGCUGGCUCACACGCUUCAAAGCCAAGCGGAAUUUAACUUUUCUAAUGAAAACCAGAUGAAUGAAUUUUACAAAUUUUAAAUAAAUGAAAAGUAUUCAUUUUUCCUGUGGAUUAAGACAUUUAACAGUACGUAUGUAGUAUACAUACAUUUUUUGAAGAUAUUUGGUACAAUGGAAUUUUCUUUAGUCUAUAUAUAUAAUCAUGAUGAAACAUAUGUAACAAUUAUGUUUGUAUUAAUAAUUAUGUUAUUUCAAAUCCUUCGACUUUGAUUUUCCUUCGACAUUCCUUCGCACAAUAUAAGCUUCGAUUCGACUUCGCUUCGCAUUUAAAAAGAGACCUUCGCACAUGCCUAUUAAACGGUAAUUUCUCGAUGCAACCUUAUGUGAUAGUCAAUGAUAAUGCUAGUUUUCCGCAACAAAAACUUACCCAUUGUAAACUACAAUUAUUAGACUGUAGUUCAAGUUGUUUACAAUAACAAAUAUAAAUAGAAGUUAAUUUAAUUAACACUUUGCAAUGACUUAAUAGUGUAUUUUGUAUAUUUUUAUACUGUUAUUAUAACUGUAUUCUCAAUUUUACCUAAUCUUGUUAUUAAAUUCACAUGGGAAUAAAAUUUUUGUGUGCAUUAUUACACUUAAAAAAAUUUCUUCAUUAUAAUCGGUAACUGAAUCGGUAUCUGCCGAUUAUUGCUCUCAUAAUCGGUAAUUGAAUCGGUAAUCGGUAAAGUCAUAUCGGUGCACCACUACAAAAAUGUAUUAAUUUCACACCAUAUUUAAAAAACUGUUCAUUAAAUAUAAUGAAAUUUGCUGGUGAAUUUUUAUUUGUUUUAUGAAUCUUAUUAAUAGAAAGUUCAGGGCUUAAAAUUAAGAGAAACCUGACACAUAAAAUAAGGGUUGGUGGUUAAAUGUUGUGGUAAGAACAUUGCUUGACAUGGUGUUCAGUAGCGAUGGGGUGUGCAGAUAACAAUUUGAUUUUGAAGGUUUCGUGGCCUUAAAAGAUCUCUUGUAUUAGCUGUCUCAAUUACAAGUUCAUAUGUUUUGAAGUAUGGUUGAGUGUCGAUGUAUGAGGAAUGUUUCACUGCCAGUGUUCUCUCUAGUAAUUUUAUUUUGGGCAUACUUUUUUUAUUAAUUACAUUAUUGCUAAUUGUUGUAGUGAUUGAUUUUAAAAAUGAAUAAAUGGUAGUAUUAUACCCUAAACAUUGCUUGUCUGCUUCAAUGAAAAAACAUGUUUUUGAUAUUUUUAAAAGUACUAUUAAGUGAGUUUUUGGGUCAUAUUUAAACAUUUUAGUUAUUGAAGUUAAUGCAACUGAUUUUAUGUAAGGUACCUGUACAUUUGUAGGAUGUGUUCGAAAGCAAUUCUGUACAUUAUUCAAACUCAUUUUAUUCUGUGGCAUUGUGCUUUAACUCCUUAACUGAAAUAUUUAUUUUGCAUUUGAAGCAAUGUCAUGAAAGAUAAUUUUAUGCUGACAAAUGUUUACAAAAUACAUUAUUGUUGCUUAUACAACAGAACUUACAUACACCCCUCGGUACAUUUAAAUCUGUCCAGUAAACUGGUGAAACAUAUGUACUCAAGUGAAUGUAUACUUGAAUCGUUACACCCUUGAUUGUAUUGUAUUUUUUUGGGAUGAAAUACUGUAUGUGGUUCAUAGCACUGAAUUGUUCACAAUAAAAAAUGUCAUGUUUUA